CACUCUGUUUCAUGACAAUUUUGUGCAUGACAAUUUUGUUCCACUGAGAUUGCCUUUUUUUGUAACGAAAAACAGGCUGUCAGUCAGAAGUGUUCCGGCUCCGUAAACCGAAAAACAGCAAAUCGCAACAGCAGCAGCAUAAUGUCGUCAGCAGCAGGAGUUAUUCCGCCUCCAGUUUCAUGGGCCCAGCGUAAUGACUUUCUCUACGUCAUCAUUGAUGUGGAGUGCAAGGACAUCGAACACAAAGUCACGGAAAACAGCUUCACCUUCAAGGGCGUGAACGUGCUGGAUGCGUCGAAGAAGUACGAAGUCACACUGAACUUCCUCCACGAGGUGGAUCCCGAGAAGGUGACCAGCAAGAACAUCGGCCGUUGCCUGGAAUUCACAAUACCCAAGAAGACGGCCGGACCCUACUGGUCCUCGCUGACCACGGACAAGACCAAGUUGCAUUUCCUAAAGGCCAACUUUGCCAAGUGGCGCGAUGAGUCCGACGACGAGGAAGGUGAUCAAAAAGACAACGGCAUGUUUGGCAAUUUCCUGAACAGCCCUGGUGGCGACUGGAACAACAAGUUCGACGACUUCAACGUCGACGACGAGGAGGAGGACUCCGAUGACAGCAUCCCGAGUCUGUCCCAGAACGACGAGGAGGGCGGCGAGGGUGACAAGGAGAAGAAGCCAGCUGCCUAGACGGCCGCUCGGAUGGUGUCUAGCAUUUUGGCGUAGUCGUAGCGUUAGCCGUGGCGCUUAUACCAUAAGUCAACACACGAUCACAACACUCACUCCUCACACUCCCAAGAAAACUAAAACGAAAAGAAAAGAACACUCAAUCACUCAUAAGAACAUCCACAAA